AUGUUCAAAUCAAAACAAAGAACUCCUAGGGACAUCCGUCUCUCAGUUCUUCGCCAGAAAUGUAAAGAGAACAAGUUAACAUUCAGUUUCAUUCCAGAACGUGUCUUCAAGGGAACAUUUUCUGUAAUAGAUGGAGAUAAAUUUACAGAACGACUCAAGGAUGCUUUAUCUGAUGAAUUUCAGACAAAAGCCGAACUUUACAAGUCAAAGUUGGAGAUGCUUUUCAACAGUAGCGUUUACAGUAAUGGUUUUGUACGUGUAGACGUUAUAGCUCUAGAAAGCGGACGCCAAAGUGACGAUCUGGUCAUCCACUUCAACGUGUAUCUUUCAACGAAAAACUUCCAAGGAGACUCUGCAGACCUUUACGUUAUUUUAAUGGAAGAAUUUUUCAGUUUAAAGUACGGUGUCUUCAAAGGGAUAAAAAUUGAUCAGAACUCUGUACAGGUUCAAGAGAGAACCCCUUCAGCAACAGAGUACCAUGAUCCUUGGACCCCUCGCCAACAAUACCCUGGUUACCUUGAAGGACUAAUUACUGGCACUGUUCCUGUUACGUCACCACUGCCAACGACACCACCACGGCGAUGUGGUCCAAUAGCGUUAGAGUUCUGUAAAACCUUGUCUUAUAACGUCACAUCAUACCCAAAUCUGGUAGGUCACGGUGAUACACAUGAACUCAAAGAAGAUUUGAUAACAUACCGUCAGAUUGUGGACUUCGAAUGUUACACUCUGGCUCAAGAGUUUGUUUGUCAAAUUCUACAGCCUCAAUGUCAGAAUGAUGACGUCAUAUUACCAUGCAGGAGCUUCUGUGAAGAUUUCUGGAGCUCUUGCAAAAAACUGCUUCCAAAAAAAGUUCAUGACAAGAUCAACUGUUCGACAUAUCCAAGGUACAACGGUCCCGGAUCGUGUAGUCCUAAGCCCGGUUGUGCGAAUGAGCUGAAGGCCAGAAGUCAAGUUGGUAAACUUUGUGAUGGAGUAAUCGACUGUCCUGAUUUUUCUGACGAAUUCUCGUGUGAGUAUUGCGAACAAGGUCAGUUUUUCUGCGGAAAUAAGCAGUGUGUACAGCAGAGCAAAAGAUGUGACACCUCUCCAGAUUGUUUCAAUGGAGCAGAUGAACGAAACUGUUUGGCUGUAGCACCCAGCAUAUCCGAUCUCAAGGAAGCGCCUCAAUCAAAAUACCAUGAAGGCUAUUUGAUAUUCAUCGAAAGAGGAAAGUUUGGAAAAAUCUGUACAGACUCCUGGAAGAAUACCACAUCCCCGUCUCAACGAGAUAUAAUACUUCAGACCUUAGCCAUCUCAACAUGCAACAUGUUAAAUUACCAAACGGCAGAUCAUGUCGAGAUACGUAGGGAUGUAGAAGAAGAUGGACUUUAUGUGGAGUUGGAGGAGCCUUUAUCGUCCACUGUGGAGUUCUCAGAGACCCCCUGUGAAAGUCGUCAUGUUGUCUACAUGAAAUGUGCAAACCUUGAAUGUGGAGUCAACACUCCAUUUAAGAACAGUCUUCACCCUGUACAACUACAAAAAGUAACCCAUGGCAACUGGCCUUGGUACGCUGUCCUGAUACAGAAUGGAGAACACGCCUGCGAUGGUACUUUAGUUGACCAGGCAUGGGUCAUUACCUCCACUGUUUGUUUUAACAAAUACCCCAGGACCAACUGGACAGUCCGGCUUGGAAGUGUGAGAUUAGGAUCAUCCUCACCAUACGACCAAGAACGACGAGUAGCUGGAGUCAUUAAAUCGCCUUUUGGAGCUGGAGAAGUGACUCUAAUAAAACUGAAUACACCAGUGACCAUGACAGACUACACUAUCCCUGUGUGUCUCCCUCAACCAAACAUAACAAUUUUACCAGGAGAUGACUGUUUCACUCUAGGAUGGGAUGUCAAAGGUGAUCAGUUACAGCAAGUUAUGACGAGGAUAAGCUUUCCAGGAUCUUGCACAACCAACGGAUCAUUUCCAUUUCACGACAUUGAAAACCUGUGUACGGAAAUGGUUGGAAAUACCCUGACUAACAUAUGUAUGGGAAAGGAACUAGGAGGGCGAUCUCUAUUUUGUCAGAAGAAUACUAAAUGGUAUCUUGCAGGAAUUGGAAGUCAAGAAGUAACUUGUAAAGAAUAUGUCAUGCCUCGCGUAUUUCACAGAAUAACAACGCAUGCUCAAUGGAUCACGUACACCAUAGAAUCUCUUCGACCAACCUGAACUCGGGAGGUGUUUUAUUAUAUAAUUCGUAUAUACUCUGUUAGUGCUGCACCA